ACUAAAUCAGUCUCUGUACCUUCAUCACUUUGGCACCGUGAAAAAGAAAAAGAUAUAAAAAUUCUGAAACAAUCACUAAAACAGUAAACGUAAAAUAAAAAUUUCACAGAACGUUAAAAAAAAUCUCAAGCGAUUGGUUAACUAACAAGUCUAUGAAAAUAGACAUUUCAGAAAAAAUUCCAAAUAUACAAAAGCGAGUUGCAAUUGAUGAGUUAAAAAUUUCGCGGACCAUUAAAAAAAAAUUCUCAAGCGGUUAAUAAAAUAACAGGCCUACGAAAAUAGACAUUUCACAGAGAAUUUCAAAAAUAAAGCGAGUUGAAUAAAACCGCGACUUAUUUUCCUUGAGGGAAAUUGAUAAAAAAAUAUUCUCAAGCAAUUAAUAAAAUAAUAAUCCUACGAAAACAGACAUUUCGCAUAAAAUUCCAACCACACAAAAGCGAGUUGAAUAAAACGCCUCAUUUUCCCUUAAAAAAAUCGUAAGUGAUUGAAAUAAAUUGAGUGCACGAAAAUCGCGAUUGCGCGUAAAAUUCCAAAGCGAUUUGAAUUGCGACUCAUUAAAGAAGUGUUUGUUUUUGAGAAACAACGGAUAUGAGAACUCCGGCACUGAUAUUGGCGUCUGCGCCGGCGGCUGCGGCGCAACCGAAGAAGUCUCAGAAGGUGAAGAAGCCGCGAGCGAAGUCGACGCACCCGAAGACAGCGGAAAUGGUGAACGGCGCGAUAAAAUGUCUGAGGGAGAGGGGCGGCUCCUCCCUGCACGCGAUAAAGAAGUACAUUUCGAGUGUGUACAAGGUCAACGGCGAAGGGCAUGCGCCGUUCAUCAAGAGGUACCUGAAGACGGCGGUGGCCGGGGGGAUCCUGGUGCAGGCGAAGGGCAAGGGCGCCGCUGGGUCCUUCAAGCUCGCGGCGGCGGAGGGUCCCAAGGGGAGAAAGCCCUCCCCGGCGCCGCUGAAGAAGGUGGUGAAGGUCAGCGCGAGCCCCAAGAAGUCCGCAGCGAAAAAAUCCCCGAAGAAAACGACAGUCAGGAAGGCUCCGGCGAAGAACGUGAUUAAAGGGCCCGCGGCGAAACCUCCCAAGGUCAAGACUACCGCCAAGGUCAAGGCCGCGGCGAAACCGGCGAAGAAGCCCGCGAAGCAGGGGAAGGUCGCGAAGGCGAAGAGACCGGUGAAGAAGACCGCCAGGAGGAAGAAGUGAGCCGCUGGAUGAUGAACGUCCGAGGCUUUUGGGCCGAGAUAAGAACUCUCGAGGAUAUCAGUGCGCCGUUUGCCGGCAGGCGAGGCCUGCGGAACGCAGUAGCCGCGUCACAUCGUCUCGCACGCCAGAUCUCAAGCUUUGUUUUAACGUUUUCGGGGGUGGAAAUGAAGAGUUGAGAUUUUUUUUGUAAAUUAUUGUAGGGUUGGUGGAGAAUAAAUUUCGUUGUUUAGGAGAUGUUUGAGAUUCUUUGGGAGGCGUUGAAUUUUUUGCGGAAAUAAAUGUCAUGAUUUAAAUCA